AUGACCCAGCUACAACCACCUCGCACAACGCUUUUGACGCCCUCGAAGUCCGAGUGCUAUGGCCUGGGCAAAGGAAUAGUCCCAGACGGCCGGAGUAGACCCACGAGGGCAGCAAGCCAGAGCGAUAUGAGUCGAACGAUUGAGCGGAAGCGAACAGCACGCGUUGCUCUGACCGUCCAAGACUUGCUGCGCACGCCUGAACCCCAAGCAUCAGACGCAGACGUUGAAUGGAGGGCGGUGGGAGGCACUGAUGGCGCCGAGCCUCUGCUUGGGCAGUCGCUAUGCUGA